AUGGCGUCUGGACAAAGAGAGGAAAAUCGUGCGUCCGCUGCGGCGGUCAGCGCGUUACUGACGAUGUUAGUGUGUGCUACGCUUGAAGUAAACUCGGUAGAGGGGAGGCAAGAACCACACAAGUUCACCAUAGAAGAAUUGUUAUCAUCACAUUUUGAACACAAAGACUCUGGGGAUCUUGGGAUGGAUCCUUGUAAAGCUGAUUUGGUUUGA